CUGAAUAAAAGUGAUUUGAUUAAACAUUGGAUUUUGCUAUUUUUUACUAUCUAUUAUAAUUAUAUUAGUGUAAACCGGCUUAUUACUAAAACUGAAAUAGUAGACAAUAGUAUACAAGAUUAAUAUUAGUUUCUUUUGAGUUUUAAACUUCUACAUAAGUUUAAUUUCGAUACCGAACAUGAUUAAGUUUGUUAUGUUAUAUUUAAUGUGUUGUAACAUAUAUUUAGUAUUAGGAAAGAAACACAAAGAAAAUGAAAAACCAGACUGGGCAAAAAAAGAUAUUAGGGAUUACACAGAUGCAGAUAUGGAGCGGUUACUAGAACAAUGGGAGGAAGAUGAUGAACCACUAGAACCAGAUGAAUUACCAGAACACCUUCGACCAGCACCUCCAUUAGAUCUAAGUAAAAUGAAUCCAAAUGAUCCAGAAGGUAUGUUACAAGCAACAAAGAAAGGCAGGACUCUCAUGACAUUUGUACAAGUAGCUGGUACUCUUUCAAAAGAUGAGACUGAAGAGUUGACUAAAUUGUGGCAAACUAGUUUAUGGAAUAAUCAUAUACAAGCAGAAAGAUAUUUAGUAGGUGAUAACAGAGCUAUAUUCCUGUUUAAAGAUGGAUCCCAAGCAUGGGUAGCAAAAGAUUACCUGAUUGAACAAGAGAAAUGUGAAAGUGUUACAAUUGAAUCGAAAGUGUAUCCAGGAAAAUUCUCAAAAAAUACGAACAAGGAAGAACUAUAAUUAUAUUUUUUAUUAAAUAUAUUUUUUUUAUUUUUUACA